AUGUCGAAAUGGCCGCCGGGCAAGUGGCAGGGCGAAAGGGGGGUGGGAGAAUACUAUUCACUUGAUUUGACGUCCGGUGGUCAUCAGAACGGACGGCUCUCAGCUCGGAAGAGCAUGACGAACCCAGAGACCGACGCAGAGGAUAUCCAGACAGAUGAGCAUGGUGCGCUGCGGGAGCAAGAUGUGGAUGCAGACGCGGAGCUGGUCAUGAAUGCUGGAUUUGAUUCUGUUGCGGAGGGCAAAGACAAAAAUGGGGAUUUAGAAGAGCUAGAUAAUGGCCGAAAUGGACAGUGA